GUUGUAUCGCGAGAUCAGCUUCCUGCUGUCUAGUACAGCACUAAAAACUGUCAGUGAGGUUAGAGGGGGUAAGAAUUCCUCAAAUCGGCGACUGCCGUUCAAACAGCGGUGUGAAUGUCCAAAUCUGUGCUUCGGUGUUAUUACAAACGUAGCGUGUGACAGUGAGGAGAAAAACGGCAGCGUCCUCAUCCAAACUGUACAGGCCAACAGUCUCUGAACUAGAUCACACAGUGCUGUAACACAACGAGCAAAUGGCGUUGAAAAGAAUCCAGAAGGAGCUGACAGACCUACAGAGAGAUCCACCAGCUCAGUGUUCAGCAGGUCCAGUCGGAGAGGACUUGUUUCACUGGCAGGCAACAAUAAUGGGGCCGAAUGACAGUCCAUAUCAAGGAGGGGUUUUCUUCCUCACCAUUCAUUUCCCAACAGACUACCCCUUUAAACCACCAAAGGUCGCAUUCACAACAAAAAUCUACCACCCGAAUAUUAACAGUAACGGAAGUAUUUGUCUGGACAUCCUGCGAUCUCAGUGGUCACCCGCACUUACUGUAUCCAAAGUCUUGUUGUCCAUCUGCUCCCUCUUAUGUGACCCGAACCCAGAUGACCCGCUGGUACCUGAGAUCGCACAUACAUAUAAAGCAGACAGAGAAAAGUACAACAGACUAGCGAGAGAAUGGACGCAAAAGUACGCCAUGUGAGAGUGCCUGCCACUAAAACACUACAAAAUCAAACGGACAGAGAAAUGUGUUUUUACUUUGAACAAGAGGAGUCAAAAGAAGUGAAUGUUGAGGGGAGGGGACGUCUGAACACCUGACCCUUGGAAGAGAAGCAGAAGGCGGAGGUGAGGAUGAGAGAGCCGCUGGUACACGUUGGCCGCUAUGUGCUGAAUCCGCUGUCAUGUGAUCCGCCAUCACAACGGCUUAGCCUGGAAAACUCCAGGGAAACUGUAAAACCGGACAAACCUCGGGGUACCACAACCCAGGAAGUUAGACUUGUACUACUGUUAGUUCUCUUAUUACUGUCGUUGUGAUUUUCUCCGUGUUACUGUUGCCGUUCUUACUCUUGUCAUCACUGAAUGAGGAAACGUUGGGCUGAAGGUGGAUUGGCGGCGAGACAGGAUUGAUCGUGUCUGAACCAUUGCACCUUCUCUGUGGAAACCAUAGUUGUCAGUGCGCUUUCAUUUCUACCAGUUUGCGAUAGAAUGUAAAAACAAUCGGGUGUCAGAAAGACCUUACUGUAGUCUCCGCCUUCCAGCUUCCUGCCGUUUCAGUGUUAUCCCAUAAAACACUAUGAAUGUGAUUAGGAAAAGGUUGUGUCCCUAAUGAGAAAAUUAGAUUUGGUUUUUAAACAAAUUGUGGUCAUAAAUAAUCUUUGAGCGACUAAGAAAAAAAAGAAACAUAACACCAUGUCCUGACCGGAGGCAAUGCAAUGAGAUUUCAGCGUCAAGCGCCCCCUAUAACCUCAUUCCCUAAUCCCCUCAUUAAUUCACUAAUAUAGUCCAAUGAGUGAAAACAAGUGUGCACAUUUGGACUCUGAGUAUACUAGCUGUUAAGUGUACAUCGAUUGUACGCUAGUUAUAGCAGUGCAUCGUGGGAUUGAACGAGUGAACUCAACAAUGUCCACUUUGCUUUUGGACACCAUAACAAAUAGUGAACUUUUGUGGGUAUAGGGGGCGGUUUCAGACACAGAAAAGAAAGACGUGACAAAAUCACAGCCAAUCAGAAGAGUGUGUGGGUGGAGCUCUCUCUGAAAGCUCACUGCUCUCUCACUGUGCAACAAAUGUGUAAUUUCAUCAAGAUUAACAGUUUUAACGAUAUUUAAAAUAUAUCUAUCAGUCCGAUACAAUUUUGUUGUGAAAUACUCUUGUUUUUUCUUUUUGAAUGUUCUUUUGUAUUUCAAGGUGUUUGUUUGUUUCAAGGGUAAAUGAUCUAUUGUCGCUUUCAUUAUGGCGUUAAAUUCACGCCAAAAUGAUAACGCAAAUUACAAUUUUAGGACCCACUUUAUAUUAAGUGGCCUUAACUACUAUGUACUUAGAUUUAAAUUAUUAAUUUGGUACAAUGCACUUAUUGCACGUAUCUGCACGUAAUUACAUCUGUAAUUAAUUUCUGUAAUUGCAUGUAUAAUUACACGGUUGACCCAUCCCUCACACCUUAACACACCCUUAAACUUACCCAUACCACCAAAUCUGUCCCUAACCUUACCCGUUUCCCACCUCGAUAGCAGUAAAACAAAUUAACAAUACAAUUUGAACACAAUAAGUACAUGCAUUUAUUUUUUUGUGUAAAUACAUAGUAGUUAGGGCCACUUAAUAUAAAGUGGGACCAAAUUUUAAUAUUGAACAAAACAAAGACCGGUCUAAUCAGUGUCAGCCACAAGGUAGCAGAAAUUGAAAAAAAAUAAUAAUAAUAAUAAUAAUUAUAUAUAUAAUUUUUAUUUUAUUUUAUUUUUUUAUUAAUAGAAUCGCCUGUCGCUUAUCACCAUCACUAUUAGGACAAAAGCAAAAUGUCAAACAAACCUUUCAUCUUGUGUUGCAUUGCAUCUCAUUAGGACACAGUGUUAUUUGUAUUAGACAAAAGUUUUUUUUUAUUAUUAUUUGGUUACAGUUAUAUUUCCUUUUGACAUAUUGUCUAUUUAACCUUGUGUCAUUUUCAGAAGUAAGAUUUAAGCUGGCCGUUCACACAGGACAUGCCCUUGCUCUCCAUUCGUGCUGUAUUUCUUAUGUUGCAUUCGUGCAGUAUUUUUAAUGUUGGACUAGACAGAGUUUUGUUUAUGGUUUGAUGUGUAGUGCUGAUUUCAAAAGAAUGGACCACUCAGAUUGCUCUGGGGGCACGUUAAUCAUAUUUCCUGUACAAAUGGAUAAACACAUUGUCCAAAAAGUGUACAGGGAAAGCUCCGUCAACCUGUUUUUAAUGCAAAAACGUGUCUUAUGCGAAUGGCCACUUAAUUGAGUUCACUUCAGCCGCAUGUGCAUGAUAUGGCAAGUAUAAGUAAGUGUAAGUAUUUGUUUUGAUAAGUAUUGUGAAGUUGCUUUAGGAAUCAAGGCAGAUUUUUAUACUCGUCUUAAAAUUUCACCCAAUUUGCUCGCAGAAAAAAAAGAGGGAGCAAAAAUGCUAAACGGUGGGACUUUGUGGAAAAAACAAAAACAAAUGCCACCAUUUCUGCCAAACGUGAUGAUGCCUCUUUCAGAUGUGCAGACAAUGGGCACGUCAUAGCGUAUGAAUGCAAUAUUUUUCGUCUGUUUAGCAUUUAUCUAUUCUACAAAUCUGUCUGCAAGAGUGUAAUCCUUAAUACUCUUUAGGUACUCUUGUUCCUGUAGUCGCUAAUAUUACUAACGUUUGACAGAGUAGGUGGUACGUUUGAUGUAUGACCAGCGCAGGUGCUGGACUCAAGUUCUUCUACUGUAAAUGAAUUUCUGUAAACGCACUCAUUAACUCGUGGCUGCCUAUUUAGAGGUGGAUGAUCAAGAUGUUUACAUGGAGCAGAAUGAACAAAUCUUUCUUCACUCGUCUGAACUGGAGCUCGGGGGGGUUGGGAAGCCACUUCUCAAACGCUUUCCGUCGGGAAAGAAGUGUGAACAUCUCCUCACUCUCACCUCCUGGUGCUGCUCUUCACAAGCCCACGGCUCAAGACUCCCUGAAAAGGGCUAAAUAUCGCCAGAAUUAUAUUUAGCACCAUAUAUGUGUACUUUCACCGAAGGGUAUUGAUAUUUUGAGCUUUGGAUAUGCUUUUAGAGAAAUAGUUUACCCCGAAAUGUGAAUUGUGCAAUCAUUUACUCACUUUUCCAAACAGAAUUGAUGACAAAUUCUGUUAUCAUUUACACACCAUCAUGUUUUCCAAAUCCAACCAAUGAUUUUUCUCUGUAAACCAUAAAAGGAGAUAUUUUGAAGUAUGUUCACGCUGCUGUUUUCAAUUCAAUUGAAAGCGGAUGGGAACCAUAAACUUUCAAGCUUCCGAACUCAAAUUCUAGUAAAUAUUUAUUGGAAAACUUUGCUGUUUUUGCUUGACAGCUGUGCUCCCCAUUAAUUUUAAUUGUGUGGAAAAGUGCAGCGUGAACAUACUUGAAAAUAUCUCCUUUUUUGUUUUACAGAGAAAACUCAUUGGUUGGAUUUGGAAAACAUGAUGGUGUGCAAACGACAAUAUAAUUUUUUUUCUUCCUUCCUUUUUUUCUUUUAAAUUGAACUGAAUGUAAAACUUUAUGCCAACUUCUCCUAGCUUUGAUUCAAAGACUGAUGAUACUGUCUUUGUAUCAGCAAAUAUUUCACUACUAAAUGUGGCUCACUGGUUGUGCAUCUGGAAGUAGAGUUUUUGUUUAAUUUAUUUAUUUAUUUGCUAUUUAUUUGCCGUCUUCCAGUCAUCAGCUCAAAUGAAGCAGCCGGUCGAGUUGCAACCCUGUUUGAGAUUGUGCUAAGGCAGUAUAGCAUGCUUUGCACUCUGGUAGGCUGCCACCUUUUCUUUCCGCAGCUAUUUGCAAGAUAUCAGGGAUAUUUUUUUUCCAUUCUCUCACCUCCCCCAAGACCCUCAAUAAAACCUUAGCCUUAACCAUCAGUGUAUCUGCAACUGUACUGUACUGUUUGCUUUGUUUUAACUGUUGAUUGGUACUGUACUACUUUGUGUAGCACAUACACACGUACACAGAGCCAUAAAGACCUCUCCUGCUAACCGUUUGUGCUAGAAACCCUUGUCAUCGAACCAGCUCUCUCCUCAGACUCAGUACAGCUGAGACUAGCCUCCAAGGUGUCAACUUUAGUGAAUAAAGCUCCUUUUGUUUAA